AUGGGAACCGAUCCGGCGGUUGGAAGACACGGACAGAACUUGGCGAGUGGUGAGGUUGGGAUUGAUAUCGGUCGCUCCAAAUUAUACGACAGAAUGGCUGAUAGCCUAGCAAUUGACCCCAGCGGGCUAUGGAGAGGGAAAAGUAAAAGAGAAAGAGAGAGAGAGAGAGGACGGACGGGUAGGGAGAGAGAGAUUGGAGAUGGAUGGGUCGAUGGAGGAAUGGAUACCACCAGCAAGAAGCAGCGUGACCAACAAGAAGAGGGUAAAGAGGGAGGGGAGAAGAAGAGAUACAGAGACAGGAAGAGGAAAGGGUGCGCUAUAGCGACUAUACCUACCGUGGACCACACCCACUUUGGCGGGUGGAACUGGGAAAGACUUACACAACUUGACCUUCUGGCUGGGUACGACUUUUCCACUUUCAUCGACGGGAAUAACUACUACUACUACUCACUUACGAAGCAUUUACUUACCUUACUUGUGAAAAAGUCCGGCUUCAAGGGGUGGGUACUGGGCCGGACUGAAAAGGAGAUGGAGCCAGAAGAGGGGAAACGCAGGCCAGCCGAUCCACUGGGAGGCCACGCUCCUGCUUUAGCCCAGGCAGUGGGUCUGGCUCUGGGGGCUUUUCCGGCCGGGCGGGAAGGGCAAAGGUCCGUGAAUCUCAAGAGGAAAAAGAGGGGGGGAACAACGUCUGUUUCGUAUUUGAGAGGAAAAGAGAAGGGGGCUUGGUUAGAAUUCCUGAUACUGACUGGGAAGGUGACCUUUUCGGCACCGGCAGAAAUAUUUACAGACUUUGCAAUUUACGAGGACGAUCUCGCGUCAAACUGGAAGUUUGUCGAUGUGAGAUCUGUAGCUUGGGAAAGUCCCGGCACGGAGAAGAGGCCGAUAGGCACAGUGUUGGUAACCCACCGGACUCCGAUCCAGGAUGGGCUCAUGACUGAUCAUUGGAUUCCGACAACACUUCACAUGAGACAAGUGCUUACCCGACUCGACCCCCUGUCCGUCACGUAUAACACACUGUAUUAUUGGGCUCGCAAUUACCCAGUCCAGCGGGCCGGUUGCUUAUCCCAAAUGCCUGGGAGCUGGGAAAGAAGAGGAGCUUUGAAGGAUAGCGGGGGUUUGCGUGCUAUCUUGUAUCUGCUGCACGGCCAGUCUCGGGGAGGGUCAGCAAUCCCGCAUGGAGAGGUGGCAGAGUUGCUUACUUUGGCACUUUGCCCAAAGCGGCCUGCCACUGGACCGCUGUUCUUCAGUACGCUGCGUGCUCCGAGCCCUGGAGCCAAUAAUCUUGAGAUAGGAGAUAUUCGAAUCUUCCCCUACGACUACUACUUAUUCAAGGGCUGGCCACAUGCGAACUACGAUGCAGCAAUGCAGGCAGGCAGUCAUUCGCGAGGAGCAGUUGGAUGGCAGGAGCCUGGGAUGUGGAAUCCUGUCGCAGCCCCCUCCAAAUAA